CAUUGCAAGAGUCGAGACAAGUCGGGCGAGUGGCGUUUCAGAGGCAUAAUGUGACUGUUUAUUUACGUAGAUGUAGUGGUGAUCACCUUCUCAGUAUGAAAGACACUGCUGGAGGGUGUGGACCCCUGUUGAGGUUCCUUUUCCAGUAUGAAGACCGGAUACAAAAGGAGAUUUUUAGCAUAUUCAACCAGGAGGAAACAGACACCACCAAGAGCCAUGUAUCUCUGUCGGACGAAACAAGAACAGCCCUCAGGGACAAACUUUUGUCGCAUCCACAUGAGACCUCCUGCAUCCUGCAUGAGCUUGUCGUCAGAAACCGAAUCCUCAGAGAAAGGGGAGGGGAUCAUGAAAAUGUGUCUGAGGCGGAGAACAAGAACGCAGACGGCGAGGAGAAAGGUUCAUCACAGGAGUCUAGCAAGAAAAAAAGUCACUGCAUAUUCGGAGACAUCCUCAAAGAAUGCCUCGAUCACUGUCUGCGGAGAGUGGAGAGCUUAGACGACAAGCUAAAAGCAAUGGAGGAAGACUAUGUCAGUGCCAUGAGUCGUCCAAAGAAGAAUUUCUCCCCCAAGAAGCUGUCCUUUGGAACACCCAAAAAUGGGGCUUCUGACUCCGUAGAAGUUGCAAAAUUACUGGAAAGGUCACAGGCCACAGAAACAGAGAAACAGAGAAAUGAAGCACUGCUGUACAAAAUUCUUUCACUCUCCAGUGAUGCUCCACUCUCUUAUCUGUGUGAGUUAUUUCCCAGGAUGCUUCAACUCUGUUAUGAGAAAAGCCUGCUGGCAUCCAACAAGCUUCACUUUUCAAACCUCUCCAGUUCAGAGACGUGCUUACGACUCUUUUGUGAGAUGGAGGGAGAAUAUCUCAGCAGUAGCUCUCACAUCAACAAGGCUAGCCUAGUUGAAAGGUUACCAUCCUUUACCCCCACAGACGUAAGAGAAAUGUUUCUUAGUUGUGCUGCUGAGUCAAAGCACGUCUUGCAGUUGAUUUUCGAAGGCCUUGUUGUUGAUGGUGUAAAGAGCAUGAAGGAAAUGGAAGAUUGUGAUACAGAAAAUUGGAUCUUAACUCUAUGGCCAAUGAUCUUUUUACAUGCUUGGUCAACUUCAGUAGACAAGAUGGAGAGUCUCAUCUGGAUUUCUGCUGUCUGGGAGAAUCAUCCGAGGAACAUUGAUCCCCUUCUCUUUGAUAUCUGCAGCGAUCUGAAUAGGGAUAUGGAUCUCGUUCGGUGGUGUCUAACGCGUAGUACGAGCGUUAAAAUUUUGCCACUAUUGCAGCUGAUAAGGAAUCAUUCACCUCUGUUUACACUCCAUAAAUCUCUUCCCUUGCACACAUUGUGGCCUGAGGAGGUGCUGCAUCUUCUUGAUGAACACAGCAAGGCCAGAGAUCCAAGUGGGACACUUAGCUCUUCAUGCCAAAGCACAUAUAAAGCGUUCUGCAUUUUACUGUCAGUAUUUCAGGUAAUUGGUUCUGGCAUGCAGCUUGACAAUGCUGUCGCUGGACGGCAAGCACGUGGAAAGCUGCAUGGGGACAAGGGACAGAUCUUUGGUAGGAACAUGGAUACGAGCAGUGAGGGAAUCUCAAACUAUCGGGACAGGCAGGCACCUCUUCAGUUUUACCAGCAGAAUAUUUUGGAAAAGCUGCAGGAAGUAAGGAGAAUGAUCGACGAGUUAAAGCCUUUAGAAUGCAGAGUGGAAGUGAUGGAAAAUAUCUUUUCUCUCUUGUUUGUCCGUCAUAGUGACAUGAGUGACGAGGGACAGAGUGAGUCUGGUGGGGAAGAAGGGGAGCUUGAGCGGUCCUUCUUGUCACAACAGACAGAUGUAGAGAGUUUAGCAAGUACUUCACAUGCUUUUAUUGAUCUGCAUCUGAACCCUGCUGCAUCUGCUGGGGAUAAGGAGAAAGAACAAAGUACAAAAAAGGUGAAGAAGGUUUUAGAUUUUGCAGAUCAAGUAGUCCUUGAGGAAAGUUCUUCAGAGACGGUGAAUCUCUCUGUCAGAGAGCUGUCUCCUUUCGGCAGUGCUUCAGAAGAGGAGAAGACCAGUGGUUCGUCAACAGAAGCAAACAGUAAGGACCUCAAAACCACAGAAAGUUCCGAAGCAUCGAAGAUCCAUGGGUCAUCCUGGCCGCCUGCAAGCUCGGAAAGACUGACAUGGGACACACAUCAGCAGUCUCCCCAGAGUGGCCCAACCUGCCAUCAUCAAAGCAGUUGCACGGUGAGUGGGAAGAGCACUGGGUCAAGCAUGGGAGAACUGCCCCACACAGGCUACUUGAUCAACUCCCUAGUGGCCUGGGAUAUACUAUUGCUUUUACGUGAUUCCAUCCUCACAGCGUCUGCCCAGACUUACACUGAAAUAGGUCAACAAGCUGAGACAAAAGAAAGUUGCUCAAGAAAGGAAGUACAAGUUCGUUUAUCAUCCCUCUCUCGCUUAAUCAGUGAAGGGUUGUGGAGAAUGCAGGUAAUAGCUCCUUACAAUCGUAAAUUUGGUUCAGUAGAAAAUUUUGAUGACUUUCUGGAUGGGACACUCAUCUCAGGAAAUACAGGUUACACAGUGUAUGAAAAUUCUAUGCAGACCAGUGCUAAGUCAAAAGUACCCCACUCAGGACAGACAUCAAAUUCACAAGGAAUGAAAAAGCGUCAUGGGAAAGAGCAUGAGUUGACAGAAUCAACUACAGGUUUGCAAGAGCAUACCAGUGUCAUAACUUAUCUUUUGGCUCCACCGUCAAGUCUGAUCACCCUAGCCCUUGCCAAUGGUAAUGUGACAAGAGCAGAACAAGUUGUCAAAAUGUAUAAAGUUGUGGAUUCAACCGAAAAACGAGAAGUGUGCCUAACAAACAGACUAAGUCAGCUGCGUCCUAAAUUAUCCCUGACAAGCCAGAAGUCAGGCAAACUGAAGGAAUCCAAAGGUGUGCAACACAAAGGCUACUCGAAAGACCUGAUACAGAACAUUGGUUUACUAGCCAGAGAAGGUUCUGCACAGGUGAGUACUACGAACUUGAUUCACGACCUUGUGACAUCAACUCCACCUCCAAUACCUCAGUGUUUGUCAACAAAAGUGAUAGAGGGUAGUUGCCAGAUUGCAUCAUCCUUCCUGAGUCCCCAGGCACUUGUCUUGGCAGACCUAGCUCUCACAGUGGACUUGACAGAAACCACCGCUUCCUAUUUGAUGGAACAGGCUCUGCAGAGGUCGGUCUCUCAGCCCUCAGUUCCCUCUAGUCUACCUAAGACCAUUGGAAAUAUCCAAGGUUACAUCCCUGUACUGCAGAAGUUAGCAUCAAUGUGUAGCACACUAAUUGCAGUUAGAACUUUAGAAUCUGAAAGUGACUCAGACGGUGCAAAUAAGAAUCCUUCAGUAGACAGCUCUGCCUAUGUCUGUCCAUUCUCAGCUACCCCAAUGUCACUUAUGCUGUCUCCUCUGCCGCUUGGUGAGAGUGAACUGAAGAAUUAUGUGAAAGCCUGGUCUAAAUUCUUAGACUGUUUUGCAGCAACUCAAGAUACAUUACUUUGGUUUGAUGAUAGCGACAAUGUGGAUAGCUCUAUUAACAUCCAUAUUCAUUCAGGGAAAAACAGAGCACACAUGUCUUACAAAUUACUACUUCAGAUUCUGAGUGAAAAAGCCAAUCACUUGUAUAGGAGCAGCAUCAAAGAAUGUCAGGAAGCCAAAAUGGGAGCCUUUGUUAGAACAUUUUAUCAAUAUCUUCAGCUUAUGUCGGCCAUGGUUACUCUCCAUGCAGAUGAGAAGUACCAUAACAACAUGAAGAGCUACUUCUCCCUACUUAAGCAGAGACCUGUACACAUUUUGGGUUCAUUAAUGUUCCAGGAAGGCGUCGACCCAGUCAAGUUAGAGCCAAUAGCUGCUAGAAUGAGACUGAAUCUGACUGCAAUGAUUCUCCAGUAUUGCUGUCCCAAGAUCACAGUAUCAUAUGAAUUUUUGCACAGAAGAGGGCAUGAUACAGAAGUCCAGGAUGCAGCCUCAAGACUUGGCUUUCAGGCCUCUCAAGGACAGGUUAUUAUGAAUUCAAGAAUAAUAGAGGGUACCUCAGCUGUGUACGGAGAAGUGGUCGUGCGGGAUAUUUUAACGUCUCUGCUCAGUGGUUUAAAGGAGGCAAUACAACCUCAAGCACUCACAUUCACUCAUUGCCACAAAGCAGUUAUUCUGAAUGAUGCAACCGCCCCAAAUGCAUUACUGUUAACUGAUAUUCAAGAAGCAUUAAAUGAUACCUCAGAGUUAGCUGCUAUGGACUUCACAAAAAUACCCCCAAAUGAAGAAGCAGUUGUAUUUUUUAUAAAUUUAGCAAAUCUGAUGUACAUCCAUGCAGGCUUACUAAACCACAUACUGUAUCCCAAGAGUAAAUUGGGUGAGUCAAGAGGCAUUUUCUCCAGCUAUCUGAUAGAACGCCUGAUGGCAAUGAAACAUCUUGGUUACAACCUUGGCCAGCUAGGAUUCCUCUCCUUGUACGAUGUUCUGUUUGGUGUGCUACAGCUGCAGAAUCCAUUAUCAAGUUUAUUGAUUCAAAAUGAGGAGAAUGUCAGAGUCAGCCUUUGUGAGAGCAGUGUGAUAAAAAGCAGUUUGCAACAUGAUAAUGCAGAGAAGUGGAAACAUAUCUCUGGGCUCAUUACUGCUUUCCCUUCCAAACUAAGCUUUUGCAUAACACAAGGAAAUCCAGUCUCCCCAUUAGUGCAAGUUAUUUAUGCAGAUCGCCUUGAAGAGCACAUUGAAGCAGCAGUGUCUGAACAUUUAAAUAUGUUUUCUCUUGUGAAAGAAAGUCACUCAGGAAAUGCAGAUGGAGAAAUAGACCAUCCUCAUGGAACCCAAAAGGUUAACUUGUGUGUGUCCAGGACAAUACUGAACUAUGUAGCAAGGCACUGUAAUGGGACAUUUGAUGAAAUACUUUCUCUGAUGCAAGAAGUGAAUGAGGAGGUGGCCAGUUUCUUUACCAAAUCUGAUGGGGGAAUCUCCAGCAAAAAGCAGGUAGAGAUAAGUGUUUUGGAUAAUAAUGAGGAUCAGGGUAUUGCUGUAGAUUAUGUAGAACACCUAGUUAAUCAAGAAUUUGCCAUGACACACAACAUUUCCGAAAGCAUUGUAUCACCAGCAGCAUCUGAUGGACUGGACUGGACCUCAGUCAAGGUUCCACCUACGGUUUUGAGUCACCUAAGGAGACAGUGCCCCCUUCUUGCCUUCAUAGUGCAGGCAUUGCACAGUGCCUUGGAAAUGAAACGACAGAAAGGCCAUUCAUGGGCAGAUGAUGAAGCUGAUGCUUGGCACAAGAUUCUGUACCCUCCUGAGAGAGGGGUAAAACCUCAGCAGGAAGAAACACACCACUUCCGGGCAUGUAGAAAUGUCUUCACCAACAGCAGGUAUAAGGCCCUGGGAAGGAUUAGCCAGGACAGCAAUGUCUUAUCAGCAUUACUGAUAGAUCCAGAUAUCUCGUCCAUAUGGUCAUUAGCGGACCAGCUAUUAGGAAGCCAAACAAUUACCAAGGAUUGCACAACGGAACGGCAGUCUAAUGUCAACAGCUUAAUGACAGUUCUGCAAGCUUUACCUACGGCCACAAUGGAGGCUCAUCCCAACCUCCAGUCGCUUUUGGAUCAGCUUCUGGUCUUCAUGGUGCAAACUUCUGAUGUUUCAGCUGAUCCCAAACCAUGGAUGUAUGCUUACCACAUAUCGGAUUGCAACGUGAGAUACACCGCAGUCCAGGAAGCACACAAAUCGUGGCCAGCCUCUGCAGCAGUCGAUCACUUGAAUAUCAUGGUUUAUGAUUCAAGACUCCCAAGGCCUAAGCAAGAAUGGGCCCAGAACAAGGCAGUGCAAAUUAGAGUCUAUGAAGAGAUCCUUAGAGUUGGGAAUCCAGAAGUCAGUUCCUGGCAGGAGAUAGAAAAGAUGUCUGAGGAGGAGCCUGCAGUUCUGCUUCAGAUGUUGCUCCAGAAGAAACAGUUCAAGUUGGGUGUCCAGUGGGCUGAGCACCACAAUGUCAGUCCCGAACUGCGCCGACUGGUUGACCAGAGUUACCUGAUGUCUGUCCUGGACAAGACGAACCCAGAAUAUGGCACAGCUCUGGAGGCUCUUCAUGCUCUGAGCUCCAAUGAUUUGGUCAUUGUUAUACAAGCUCUUCUGGAUAGGCUAUCAAGUCCACCCACCAGAAGGUUCUUGAUUGAGUUCUUGCUGAAGACACAAUUCACAUCUGAAGCCGUUACCUUGUGCAAGGGCAACAACGAGCUCCCUGGAAAGGAGGAUGAAGAGGGUAUCACUCCUAGUACAGUUCCACCAUCCAUUGCCCUUCCAAAUCUCAGUGAUCUGCAACAGGAGGUCAUGGGAUUGAUUUUAGUGGAGGACAUUGCUCCCCAUGCAGAUGACAGGUUCCAGUUGAGCCACUUGGCAUCCACCCCACAUCUCAUCAUUGAACAGUGGCUAAUGAACAUCAAACUAGAAGCUGUGGAGAAAGCUAUAAAGACCCUUAGCCAGCAUUUGGAUUUGGUAGACUCUAGAAUGUCUUCCAGCAUUCACUCGCAGGAUUUUGGUAUCUCGAGUCUGUGCAAGGAGGCUGGAGUUCAAAAGAGAGAGCCACAGUCAUUAAGCUGGGAUGUUCUGAACUGGCUGCUUGAGGCUUAUGCAGCUAAGGCUUUGGAUACCACGGGUGUGCAAGUCACGCUGAAACCACAGACUCUGAACGAGAAUGUCCCAAAGAAGUUUGUGAUGCCAGCCAGGCCUCCCGAGAGACAUGAGUGGAUUCCAGAUGCUGAAGUGAGAGAAUGCCCCAUCUGCAGAGUUGCCGUCUUCUCUAUGUUUUGUAGGAGACAUCACUGCCGAAGAUGUGGUCGUGUUGUCUGUGGCUCGUGCUCUAAAGCCAGGAUUGUUGUUCAGGGCUAUGGAGACUUGCAAGUAAGAGUUUGUAUAGAGUGCUACCAGCAGACCAAAAAUCUGAAUCUUGAGGAUUAUAUUCAGGUAAGGCCACUCGGAGAUGGGACCUAUGACACUGUGUCUCAGAGUUCAGAGGGCUUGGUGAGUGCCAGAGGAGGGGGAGGAUCUUCCUGCACCAGUGACACAGAAGGGGGCUGGUACCUCUCCACUGACCCCGAUCACAAUGCUCUUGUCCGCCAGGAAUUCUGCUAUGACUAUGCACCUUCACUCAGCCUGUGUCUUGCUAUCCUGGCACAGCACCAAGACCACAAAAGAGCAGCUGUUUGUAUUGUGAAGCUGUGUCAUCACUUGUUUUCCCUUAUUGUUUCUUCCAUCAAGUCUGCUAGUCCUGAGGUAGACAACACUUUUGUGCUUUCAAUGAUUCAGACGUUACUAGCCUCAUCAAAGGUGCGAUUUGGGAACAUAGGUGAGCAUCAGGGAAUAGCUCUCUGUGAAUACUAUACCCAGUGGGUGGACUUGAUCGCUCUCCUGUCAAAAGCCAACUGCGGCUACAUAAUUCCUAUUCCAUCUUUACAGAACAUGCUCCAAAUUGGAGAACUGCACAGAAAGAAUUUAAUGGGAGAGGAAAAAUUAAAGGAAAAAUUGGAGAGGUGCUUGCAGCAGGAAUUUGUACACAUGAGACACCUCCGUGACAUGCUGGUGAAGAAACAGCUGUGGGAAUUGGCUCUGAAUAUUAGCACUAAGGCUGGUUUAGAGGCAACAGGUGUCUGGGGUGCAUGGGCUAUGGCAUCACUCAAAGCUGGAGAUUUCCCAGGAGCAAGAGAACGCUUUUCCCGGGUUCUGGAAAGGCCAUUUGAUAAGAGAAGGCCCUGUAGGUCCUCUUUAUUGCCAGAAGUCAUAAAGUACCUGGAGAGCAACCCAUUCUCUGUGGACCAGAAGGUGAUGGAGCAGGCAGAAAGAGCGCGAGCUACCAUCAUGAUGAAUGACCAGUCGAGACUGCCUCCAUCACAAGCUCUUGUUGUUCUCCACUCUUUACAAGAGCUUAAUGGUAUUUCUAAUGGGCUGCUUACCAACAGAGAGAGCAAUAAGCAGAUAUUCUCUAGUCAUAGAACUAAAAAGAAGAAUAAUUCCAAAAUGGAUUCUUUGUUCCAAACUGAAUGCAAGUAUUACUUGUGUUUGUAUGGAAAUCACUGUAUGACCAUCCAGUAUUUCAUGAGGAAUAAACAGAUGCAGGAAUGUGUGAAUUAUCUUCUGAGUGAAGAAAUUGAGGUUGAUCUCUUUGUGCAUGAAGUGCUAGUACCUAUUUUAAGAUGUGGACAGUUAGACAUGCUGUUGAGAAACUUCAGAGCCAUAGACCCCAAACAGGAAAAAUGGGCGAAGUACAUGCUUGGAGGCUGUCGGUGGUUGGAGCGCCAAGGAUGGUGGAAUUCCCUCUUAGCUGUUCAGGAGGCACUAGGGGAUAGACUGAGAGCUGCAAUGACUCUUCUUCGAAUGUACAGCCACGCAGUAGACAGUUACAAUGGAUUAGCCAAUAGAGUUCACCAUCUGCUUGCAGCAAAGUCACAUCUCCAGGCUUAUCUUGAUACACAGGCCUUACACCAGUCCAGCGCCAAAAAAAAGAAAAUCAUACUAAACAUGUCAGGAUGGCAGGUAAAUCAGCACAUCAAUACACUAACACUGCAAGCAGAUGUUACAAAGUUUCUAGCUAACUGUGAGGCAAAGGGAAAUGUGCUUUGUUCUUUGUUGCACAAUCUCCACAAAUUGAAAGUCCUUGGAAACAUAAGUUUGCCCACGUUGCUUGGGGACGAAGAAGAGCGUUUAGCUGUAGCCUCUCUUGCUAUAUGCGGUGCUCAGAGUGUCGCAGAUGGACUGAGCUUGGCGUAUCGUGUGGUGGAGGGCAGUGGCAUAUCUGCAGAGAAAUUGCUGUCAGUCGUUAGUCAGCUACUAGUAGCGCAUGAGCAGUACAGCACAGUGGGACAGGUUGUCCGUGGCAUGCAAGAGUGGGGGGUGUUAAAAGCAAAAACUAUAGAUAUUGCUCUACAGCCAGCACUGUUGGCCACAGCAAGCAGCACCCAGAACACUCAUCUAGAUGCCCUGGUCAAACUUCUUUCAAGUGACAGUGCAAAGAUCGAAGCAUACAUCAAGUGUGGUCGUCUAAAGUCCGCAUACCUGGUAGCAGUGCACCGUGGCAGACACGAGGACGUCGUGAAGGUGCAGGAAGUGGCAAAGUCAAACGGCCAAGCACAUGUAGCCACUAUGUGUAGUAAGUGGUUGGCCAACUAUGAAAAUCGCGUCAGUGCUCGAAUGUAACAAUUUUUUCUUCCUUUCUUUCUUUAUGAAUACCGAUUAUGUAUUUUGAUUUUUACUUGUUUUUUUUUUCACUAGUUUUGAUUAAUAUUCAUAGGUUAGAAGGAUACUUUUAAGAAUUGUAAACACCCAAGUCAUAUGUAUUUCAAAUUUAUUUUCAUGGUAUAUGUUUAAAUAAUACUUGUUUUAUCUUUAAAUGUGAUAAGAAUACUUGUCAGUAAGGAUAACUUGUCAUGCGUUUUUCUUUUGCAAAUUGUUGCCAAAUUUAUGAUCUUGAAAGAGAUGAACUUAUCCUCCUUGUAUGGAAUAUGUUUUAUGCAUAUUAUUUAAUGUAUUUUGUAUCUGUAGCCAAGGAUUUUCAUCUGUACCCGUUAGAUAGUUUUAAGUAUUAUGAUUGAUCUAGAAGAUCUUGAACCAAAAAAAUAAAUGCUCAGCUUAUAUUAAGCUUAUUAUAGUCUUGUUGCAAAAGUCGUAAUUGUUGAUGAUUAUGCUAUCAUUCCACUUUUCAAAAGUAAUACCAAGAUCUUAUUACAGUGAUAAUACUUUUAUUUUCUGCCUAAUUUCCAUAUCUAGAAAUAAGCUAGGAGUUUUUAUUUACAAUGUGGAUAUUGAGGUAUAGUGUAUUUUCAUCUUUUUUUCUUAUACCAUAGAAGUAAGGUAACUUUUCGUAUAUAUAUUUAUCAUCCUCUUUUUAUUCAUUUACACCUUUUUGUAUUGAUUUUAUUUUUUUAGGAAGGAACAGGGUAAAUGAUAGGUAAUUUCUUUUUUUUUUUUUUUCAUUUUCUUUCUAAGCAUAGUAAAACUAGCUGUAAGUAAUGAUCCUGUAAUGAAAAAGAAACAAUACAUGCCUUUCUCUCUCUCUCUCUCUCUCUCUCUCUCUCUCUCUCUCUCUCUCUCUCUCUCUCUCUCUCUCUCUCUCUCUCUCUCUCUCUCUCUCUCUCUCUCUCUCUCGUUCUCUCUCUCUCUCUCUCCUUCUCUCUCCUUCUCUC